UUGCGCGACGAAAAAUGAGAGAAAAAAGUUGAGUCACCGUCAGCCUCGAUCGGGGUCCCAAAGUAGGAGUUUCUUAUCGAAGAUGCGGGGCAGCGAUCCUUUUUUGAAAAAGCGCUUUUUUCCGCCCGCGCCACUUUCAUCCGCCCAUCUCGAUUCACUGAACACAUCCUGCCUUCACUUCUCCAUUACCACUUCAUUUGGAAUUAUUGUGUGACUCAAGUGAAACCGGCGCUAUGACUCAACCCAACCCUUACGUUCUGGCCGCCGAUAAUCCGGGCGCCGUCCUGACUCUAUUGCAGUCCAACCCCUCCAUCGCCUCGAACCAGGAUGAGCACGGAUAUUCAUUACUCCAUGCUGCGGCUUCUUACGGACACAUCGACCUGCUACGCGCUCUUGUGAAGGACUACAACGUGGACGUUAACCUGCUCGACGAGGAUGGUGAAACCUGCCUGUUUGUGACGGAAAGCCUCGACAUUGCGAAAUGCCUGGUUGAGGAACUGGGCGUGGACUACAACAAGAGAAACGACGAGGGCCUCGCAGCCUAUGAGACUAUUGAGAGCGAUGGCUCUUUCCCGCAAAUUGCUGCUUAUCUGCGGCAAGUCGCAGGCGUGCCAGAGCCAGAGGUCGACUCGGCUGGCGACGCACUAAACCCGGCUCCGCCGCUUCCCCCGAACAUUCAGAUGAACCUGGGCACAGUGUCGGAACAGGAGGCUAGCGCAGGAAUGGACGAGGUGGACCCCGAGUUCAAGCGGCGCAUUGAUGAGCUGGCAGCGCGUGAGGAUUUCCACAGCGAAGCUACGCAAAGCCAACUACGCCAGUUGGUCAUGGAUGCUAUUUCGGGCUCCGGUAUCAACACCCAGGAGCGUGAGGUGCGCCGCAGGACGGAUUAAGGAGCAUAAUAUAGCAGAUUGCCAGUAUACUGCGGCCCUCUGGCAACACUGGAUACCCAGUUUCCUGCUUAGAGGUUUCGGAGGUCUUCCGGAGAGGCCGUUUACGUCUCGCAUCAAUUCGCGCCUAGGGCCUCGG